UUUUGUUCGCUUUUCCCUUAUUAAUUUGGCCAUUCCUGUCUUCCACUUUGUCAUCUUUUCCUUUCUGAUGGGAUCCGCCGCCGAACUCACGGAUCCCACCACCGGGACCGAGAAGCAUCACCAACCAAUAGAAGUGGAAGAAGAAGACGAACUAAUUGUCGACUUGGAGAGGAAAACAUUUCGUCAUGGAAAGGGACACGAUAUUACUAGUGUGGACAGUAGUACAAUCACCAGUACCACCAACACCAGCUCGGCCUCUUCUAGCUUUUCCGGUGAUGUUACGGUAGAGACUCCCGAUUUCCACAGCAACGGCCAAGGAGAACAUACCGCACUUGUUAAUUUGGAGGUCCCGGAGCUAGAACCUGAAAUUGGAUUUCACGAAGAGCAUAACAACGGGAACAAUUGCAUCGUCUUCUUCGACGAAGAACAAGGUUCUGAGUCAGCUGGUGCAGAACAUGAUGCUCAUGAGUCUCAAACUGCUGACUUGAAUGGGGAGGAAAAGCAGUUAGAACCUGAAAACGAUUCAACUUCUGAGGAUAACAAAAGUUCUCGUGAAAUCGAAGAAGUACAGGAUGGUGAUGUCUCUAAAGACCGUGAUGCUGUUGAUCAACCUGCUGGUGAUGUGAUAGAGGAGGAGGUGGACAUCGAAGAUGUUGAAGAUUAUGAUGUGGAGAAUGUGCUGGAUAAACAAGAGACACAUGAUUUGUUCUGUCCAAACUGCGAUUCUUGCAUCACCAAAAGAGUUGUCCUCAAAAGAAGAAAACGGAAGGUCCGCCAUGAGCUGGGAGAUUCAAAGCGCGUGAGAGGGCCUCAUUGGACUGAGCCUCUUCUUCAUUCGGAAGACAAUUUGCCAUCUCUAGGUGGUGGUGAAAACUCUGCAAAUGAAUCAUUUCUGUUCAAGUGCUUGUCAUGCUUUACCAUAUUUAUUCCCAAAGGGAUGGCUUCAAAGCCGAUUCCUCCCCAUGAAGGUGUCGAGGGGUUAAAGAUUCAGCCAAACCCUCAAGAGGAAGCUACAGGCGAUUCCAAUUGGUUCAAUUCAAUAUUCGGCUUUAACAAAACAGAAUCAGCUGUUCAGCAAGGUGGGGCAUCAUCUAGUGUCCCGGAAGCUAAUCCGCCUCGUGAGUCUAGUGUCCCGGUAGUUAAUCCGCCGCGUGGUAAUCUAAGUCCCUUGGAAAAUGAUACGAUAGGCUCUACUUCAAAUAACCCAUCAAAAGCCCCAGCCGUUGUUCAGCGUGAUGCAGCCACGUCGAUUCAAGAUGGGUCAGAGAUCAAUGCUUUUCAAGAUAUAAAGCCUGUUGACACCCCUUCGAUUCAAGUUGCAAAAUCAAACGAUACAAGCAAAGUUGUCAACAAUGGAGUGAUUGUUGAAGACGGGCAAAAGUUUCUGGCUCCUACGACGGAGGAGCAAACACAGCAAAAGAUUGACAAUGAUGAUUCUAGUAUAGCAGACGGGAAGCACACAUCAGAAAAAGGAUGUCUCUCCCCAAUUCAACCAUCUCAUGGCAUGAGUAUAUUAAACACAGUGACUAACGGACCCGACGGAUUUAGAGUACAAACUACAUUUCAUGAAGAAGGUGCCCCUCUUCUGUUUGAAGGAAAAGACACUUCUGACACAAGAAAGCCAGAUUUUGGUCUGACCAAAGUAACAGGUGUGAUGGACACAGGUGACAGAGGAGUUAUCACCAGUCCAGUAAAUCCUGAAAUUGAUAUUUCACCGGGGAAUUUGCUGGAAGAAGGGUCUCUAAGGGAACCGUUAAUGAGACGAGUUGUUGUUCAAGGACGUAAACUGGAAAUCUUAAAAAGCAUUGUCUACGGAGGUCUACUAGAAGCCAUCACAAGCCUUGGUGUUAUUUCAUCCGCCGCUGGUUCUGGUGCUUCAAUGUUGAAUAUUCUGGUCUUGGGACUUGCAAAUUUGAUCGGCGGGCUUAUUCUCAUUAUUCAUAAUCUCCAAGAACUUCGAGAGGAGGAACCCAUAAGAACAACAAUAGAGGAUAACCAGACUAACGGUCGAGAAGAAGAAGAAGGUCGGUAUAAGCGACUCCUUGGACGAAGAGAAAAUUUCACGCUUCACGCAACAGUCGCAAUCUUAUCCUUCAUAAUCGUCGGAAUACUCCCUCCUGUAGUCUACUAUUUCUCAUUCAGCGAAAAACACAACAAAGACUACAAAGUCGCAUCAGUUUUCGGGGCAUCUCUAUUCUGCAUAGUCUUGCUCGCCAUAGCCAAAGCUCACGUGAAGUACCCGAGAGGCAGCUAUCUGAAGAGCAUUCUGUACUACGCGACAAUCGCUGUAUCGGUGUCAGGGAUUUCUUACGUAGUUGGUAACUUUCUGGAACAUUUGCUUGAGAAGUAUGGAUGGUCUGAUGGAUCAGAAACUCCGGUGGGACAGAUGAUGCUUUCAUCACUUAUGGGAAGAAAAGCCGGCUUAGGAUACUCAUCAUCGUACUGAAACUGAAUCUUGUCUGGAGAAUGAUCCAACCUGUUGCUUUUCUCUUUCACUCUGCUUUUGUGGAGCUCCUCGUUAGACUUUUGUUGACGCUAAAUCUUUGUUGUGAGUGUAGAAGUCGUUUCCACUUGUAGAAAAUAAUAAAUGAUGGACGACCUG